AUGCCACCGCAAGGCGUACGGGCGCUCCGGCUGCUGGAUCUGCCCCGCGAGAUAAGAGACAAAAUCUACGAAUACUCCCGCACUUUCUCCUGGAUUGACAUCGCCAAUAUGCCCAAAGAGAUCCAUCAGCCCAGCAUCACCAAGGUCUCCCAUCAGAUCCGUGAUGAAGCUUUGGAUGUGUUUUACGGAAGGAAUCGAUUUAUGCUCGACCUCCGUAACCACAUUCACUCCUCCUAUCACCCUCUCACCCCACCUCAAAUCCUGACCCGCUGGAUCACCGCAAUCGGAGAUGCCAACACAUCCCGCUUACGUAUCCUCUCUUUCUACGUCUAUAAUUUUGCCGUACAUUUCACAAUCCUCCCUCCCUCCCCUUCCCAACCAAUGUCCAUCUCCCUCCGAUUCAAACAGACUCGCAGCUCCAUGGAUGUUGCCGAUGACGCCGGACCCGCUUAUAGCGCCAAGCUGGCCGUCUGGCGAGCGGAAGCUUAUCUGCAGAAUGCGGUGCAAAUGCUGGUCCAGGAAAUUGGAGGGAGAGGGUUGGUGGCGGACGAUGUGUUGAGAUUGGAGAAUUUCGUCGAGGAUGUGAAGCCGGCUUUGUGUACUAGGAAUGGGGUGGGAUGGAAAGGUGCGAUUCUGACUGGGGAUGUGCGGAAGCAGCCAGAGGUGAGGAAACAUUUGGAGGCUUGUGCGGAGUGUCGUUACGUGGGGAGACCGCUGAACAGCUGA